UAAAAUGUUAACAUGGUUAAGAAGCACGCAUCAGGAUAACAUAUUCGAUGGCAUUGUGUAAACAAAACAUGCUGUAUAUCAUUUUGAUAUGUUUACUUGUAUGUUUCCAGAAUUGUGUUUGUCAAUGUCCAAAUGGUUGGACUCAUCAUAGUACAUCAUGUUAUUACUUCAGCGAUAAUAUGAAGAACUGGGAUACUGCUUCUGCUUCUUGCCAAGCACAUCAUGCAGAACUUGCUAUCAUAGAGACAGAUGAAGAAAACACGUUCAUAUGGUCUGUGAUGACUAAACUUGGAGGACUGUUCUGGUUGGAUGGAACAGAUGAAUUUUCUGAGGGACAAUGGGAAUGGGCAUCAACUAACGCCGCUUUCGAUUAUUCAAACUGGUACCCAGGAGAACCGACCAAUAGUGGGGGUCGGGAAGACUGUGUGUUGACGGGCGGAGGCUACAAAACAUUCUGGAAUGAUGCGCCUUGCACGGAUCAUUUCAAAUAUGUUUGUGAGAAAACUUUGGAAAGUCCGAUCGUUGGAUAA